UUUCAGUCUCUGAGAUCAAAUUACCCCAUUCAGGUCACUGAUCCACAAGCUAUCAGAGAUCCUGUAACCCUACAGCUCAGCUCUGUUCCCCCUGGAUAUUUGUCAUCAGCGGUGGACAGGAUACGACAACCUGUGGAAAAUGACGGUAGUGAAUUUAUUCCAUCAUCUUCUGUUUCAUCAGACUUCGGUAAAGAACACAAGGCUUGUAAGGAGUGUUUAUGUUCUGCUCCUCCACCCAAAAUCAGUGACCUGAUGAACGACGAAGACCUUCUGUACACUCUAAGACUGAAGCUCGAUCCGACUCACUGCACUGUCAAAAACUGGAAGAACUUUGCAAGCCGCUGGGGAAUGAGCUACGACGAGCUCACGCUUCUAGAGCAGCGCACACACGGUCCCACCUACCACAGUCCCACUCAAGAGUUCCUCCUGCGCUACAACCAGAAACCUGUCACGGAGCUCACCGCACUCUGCCAGCUUUACCAGCGCAUUGAUGUGCUUCGAUUGCUCCAGAGAUGGAUGGAGAACGACUGGCCCUCGCGCUGGCAGCAGGCCCAUUAGCUGGUACUUCACAAUAACUGGACCUCAAAGGAGAAACGUGUUGGUAGAAACUGAAAUUCAUGACUGCAUGGAUGAGCAGGAGGUCAGAACACACAUUACUGAACGGGUGGGACAAAGACAGGUUUUACGAGGUUGUACACUGGACGUAGUUUAUUUUUUGGUAACCGUUGGCUGGUUUCAUCACUCCAUAUGUCACCGUCUGGUUAGCUGUAUUAGCUAUGUGGUAAAAUAUAUGCAACAAAUAUAUGCAGUAGCACCCCAGCACUUCAGUUGAAAAUGGAAAGACCACUCAGGUGUGAUUACUCAUUUAGAUUCUGUCUGGAAAUUCUCUGUGAUUCCGGUCAUACAGCAUUUAAUUUAUUUUAAUACAAACAGUCAUCUGCUGGCGGUGUGCCAGUGUUGGUGGUCUUAUGAAGUGUCAUUUAAUUAGUAACAUAUACUAUAAUGAGUCAUUGUUCUCGAUAUCUAAAUGAGUUUUAAGACAACCUUUCACCUUUAUUCUUGCCUGCAUUCUAGUAACAGGGUCAUUCUAGAAUUAAUCACACAAAAACGGCAUCUCCUUUCAGUGUAUAAAAAUGGAAUCUUCUUCAUUGUUUUACAUGAAUUUGAGCAUGUAAAACAUUGUGAUACAUAUCAAAAUUCCCAUUGCACUGCUCACUGAGCACUUGAAUUUAGUAUCAUGUUUGGUAUGAAUGGCACUUAUUUUUUUUUAUUAUUAUUUUGAGACUUUAAGAAAGAUUUAGCAUGUCUCUGAGAAAGGAGUGGUAAAAUAGCAGUAUAACUGCAGAGAACAGUGGAUCUGGAAGUUGACUGGACUUUAUUGAAAAUAUUAGUUUCAAAAAUGCAGGGUCCGGCUGUUUCAAAAUGUAUGGUCAAAUGUAAAUUACAAUGCAGGUAGUAGGGUAGAAUGUGACAACAUUACCUCUUCUAAACAAGACUUUAAAAAGUGUUUGGUUUUGUGCCAUGUACUCUACCUAGCUUUUUAUUUCCUGUGUCUAAAAAUUAAAGCCUGUUUAUGUGCAUCAGGGGUUCUCUGUUUAAAAAUAAAACUUUUAUAUACACAG